GCAAGCCGCGUAGAGUGUAGCGCUACCGAGAGCGCGGCGUUGCGGACGACUGCGGCGUCAGCGGCGGCGGCGAAGGGCAAAAGAAAGAGGAGGCCCACGCGCACCGAGCAGGCCGCAUUCGUGUUCCGUACGUUAAGCACUCAGGAUGUGUCGCGCAAGUUCUUCGUACGCUACGCGGUGGUGGGCCCUCGUCGCUGCCGGCUUGGCCGUCGCGGCCUUCUGCCACGCGCUCGAGCAGGAUGACGGUACCGACAACGCAACAGACUCCUGCCCACCCAUUCCGAACUGCGGCAUUGGAUACACGUGCAAAGUGGUGAAGCACCCGGACAACUGCCCCAUCUGCAAAUGCGUGCCCUGCGACGACAAGCCCUGCGUGCAGAAGGAAGGCUUCGGCUGCACCUCCGUCCAGAUGGCCAGCGGUUGCCGGAUGUGCCGCUGCCUGCCCUGCAAGGAGCUCAAGAGUUGCGAGGCGCCGUGCACCAAGCAGCGCAACGCGGCCGGCUGCCCCGUCUGCGACUGUCCUGGAACCAAGGGACCCUACCCAACGACAGCCGGCAACCCCGAAGUCGAAAGCAUGCCUUUCGACUACCAAAAUGACGCCGAGAACAGCUUCGAUCCAUGAUACAGCAGAGUGUGCAGUGAGAGCCUGUUGUUAGAGUGUUUGACUUUGGACUGGCAGGUGCAGCUGUGCCUCGACUCAGUGAGCUCCGGCUUGUGGACCUUCGUCGUAUUAAUACUGUAGACGGAGAGACGGUGUAGUUUGCUCUGCUCUGCUCUGCUCGUCACCUUGUGAGGUAUCGACGCAAGGACCAAAGCUGAGUGUGUGCGGCAUGCCCGUAUCAAUGGGUUGAACGCAGCUGGUCACGAAAGAGUGUAGUUAAACGCUGCAGCUUAAGGUACACUUAACGCAAUGUUGCCCGAGUGCGAGAUCUCUUGCAUAUUUCUGUGUUCUUUCUUUUUUUAUUGAGAGUAGACCUUUUCUAGAAAUCCGCGCACGCGAAAAAUGUUCGGUACUUUCUCCUGGACAAAUAGCAUUGCCUUUUGUCUAGCUUAAGCUGAGGUGCUCAAACGUCUCACUUGAACAUCGUCUAGGCAUGCCCGUUCAAACUAUAAAUCUUCCAUAAACCAUAAAGCUUUACGGGAACUGACGUGGGAAAUGCUUCCCUACUUGUGGGUCAGUACGAACAGAGGACGGGUUAACGAUGGCCAAGACCCGCGGUCCUGUUGGCCACACCCUUCAAGAUGUUUCCAGUGAGAACGAAUGGGGCAUCGCACGCGCUACACACGAGCGGGUGGCGACCGGCGCUGGACGCUGGUUGCUUCACCUUCCAUCUUCACCGCGAAACAUCAUACAUUGCUGAGGCAGCCGGAUGGACCGAAAUAGGUACAGUCCGCGCGGUACAGAUAGCGAAUUCACCUAAUGGUACACGGCAUGAACGAAACUUCAUCGUUGGCCGCAAAAGAAAACAAACAGCGUCCUCUGCGCGAACCACCAGAUCACGCGCCAUAUUUCAUCUGGUGUGCAUCUGCGCACACGCGCAUGUUACAGGCAGUGGAGGCUGCGAAGCGAACGAACCUCAGCUUGGAGGUGCACGUCACUAGAGUUGCUUCAAAUAGGAAUUCGCCGAAAUUUUCAGGCCCACAUUACGCUCAAUGGUUGCUAUAUUUCAGUCAGCUUCAUGUUAUUGGGUUAAGCAUCGAGACGGUAAACUGCUCGCAUGAAUACUGGCCAUCUGUACGAGUAGUAUUAGCUGCAUAAGAAACACUACGCCCACCGCUGAAAGUGAUGAACACAUGAAAGCCUCCUAGUACUACAUGUCGAAGCAUUGUCGAGAACUGUGUUUACAUUUCAUACGUGACGGUACACACGCCAUGUACAACACCAAGGCACAUUUUCAAAGCCCGAAGAACAAACAGUUGCACUGGCAUUGCGUAUAGGCACUAAAGUUUACGUUGAUUGUUUUACAAUUCUUGUUCCGAACCUUCUGCGGAAGAAAUUCCAUGACAUACGACUAAAUUGUAUUGCGUGUUAUUUGAGCAGUAAGUACAAAUCUUCAUCAUGCAGAGCUCUACAGAGGAGUGUUCCUUAUUCCUGUACCCUGGCUCUAUAGUGAUGUCGAAUGACUGUGCAAAUUGCACAUCUGCGGCUGUUUUGGAACAAAGAUUUGUCAGCAAGCCAAAGCAUUGUAUGAUAGACAUGUUCAAAGUGAUGUUCAGAUCUGUGAACUGAUGUUCAUCUGUGUGCACUCAGUGGCAGUCAACCAUCAGAUUUAAAGAAACGUCGAACAGCUCCGGCCAAAACUGAAAGAACGUUAUCUAUGGCCUUCUUUACUAGAAUGCCCAAAGUUUACCAGUCAGACAGGUCACGGUUAUAGUGUCCGAGCUGACUGCAUUCUAUCGUUCACCUUUCGUAAAACAAGUGCACAUGUGCCGUGCCUUGCAAAGCAGCUUCGUCACAUUAAAGCGACUGCCUGUGUACGCUGACAUCUGUGUUUCGCAUUUCAGUCUGCCGUUGCGGUUUGGCAACGAACUUGUCUGUCUCGAGUCUUGUGAGAACUGUUGUACAAUGCAGCACGUCGAGCACCGUUAUUACGGCUGUGCGCACGUUUGCAGCCACGUCCACCGAUAGUCUGGAAUUGCAUUUUCUUGAAUUUCUCAAGUGAAUUCGCGCCAUAAAUGAAAUGAUAGAACAGAGCAAGGCGCGAUUACAAGCGCAAUAAAGGUUUUUAUUACAUUUUGAAACGCCAAAGUACCUUUUUUGAGAUAUUCAUUAAAAGAUGUAAACAUA